AUGUCCUUCUCAUCCCUCGUAUCCGAUCUGACAUACCGCGACCGCAAUGGCGGCAACGACGACAGACGCGGUCCCAUGUCGCGACAGGUCUCGACCAUGUCUCGUGCCCGAUCUUACGCCAGCACCGCAGCCACAAGCGUCAGCAUCACCGGAGACAUCUCGAGUCAGCUUCACGGCGGUUACAGUCACCCUCUCGCUCGCGCAUGGCAGGCUGAGCGCCAGUUGACAAAGUCGAUGCUCAUCUAUCCUUUGUUCAUCACCGACAACCCUGACGAGGAGACGCUGAUUCCUUCAUUGCCUGGACAAUACCGCCGCGGCCUCAACAAGAUUGUCCCCUUCCUCCGCCCUUUGAUCGCAAAGGGCCUCAAGUCGGUCAUUCUGUUCGGUGUACCGCUUCACCCUGACGCCAAAGACGCUCUGGGCACUUCAGCCGACGACCCGACCGGUCCCGUCAUCGCCUCGAUCCGCCUGCUGCGCAAGGCUUUCCCCUCGCUCUUCAUUACUGCAGACGUAUGUCUGUGCGAGUACACCAGCCACGGUCACUGUGGUAUCUUGCGCGAGGACGGCAGUUUGAACAAUGCUCUGUCCGUCGACCGCAUCUCGGAUGUCGCCAUGGCAUAUGCCGAGGCUGGUGCUCACUGCGUUGCUCCUUCCGACAUGAACGAUGGCCGCAUCCGCGCCAUCAAGCUCAAGCUCAUCGAAGCUGGAAUCGCACACAAGGUUGUCCUCAUGUCCUACUCGGCCAAAUUCAGCGGCUGUCUGUACGGCCCCUUCCGUGAUGCUGCUGGCAGCUCACCCUCGUUCGGCGACAGAAGAUGCUACCAACUGCCCCCCGGCGGCCGCGGUCUCGCCCGCCGAGCAAUCGUCCGCGACAUCAACGAAGGCGCCGAUAUCAUCAUGGUCAAGCCCGCCUCUCAAUACCUCGACAUUAUCAGUGACGCAAAAGAGAUUGGCAAGGACUUGCCUGUCGCCGCAUACCAGGUCAGCGGUGAAUACGCCAUGAUUUGCGCGGCUGCCAAGGCUGGCGUGUUUGAUUUGAAGACCAUGGCUUUUGAAGCCACCGAAGGCAUUCUUCGUGCUGGCGCGAGUAUUGUUGUUUCGUACUUUACUCCUGAUUUCUUGGAUUGGUUGGAGAACUAG